GCCACGCGGGUGUAGACGUGUCGGGGAGGUAGAGCCUAUGAGAGCGCGCGUCCGCGGCACCUCCUGCUCGCGGCCGGCUGCCGUGGUCCUGCCUGGGUGCAGCCAUGGCCCUGCGUGCCCGGUUUGCGCAGCCCCCGCCGGGCUCAGAUAAAGUACAGAAAGACAAAGCUGAGGAGAGCCCGCGGUCCAGGCAGGAGAGCCGAAUGAAGAAACUCUUGGGUUUUGAGGGGGCAGAUGUAUCUAGCUGGCAGAAGCUGGUUACCCUGCUAAACCGACCUACAGACCCCGCCAGCCUGGCCGUUUUUCGUUUUCUCUUUGGGCUCCUGAUGGUGCUGGACAUUCCCCAGGAGCGGGGCCUCAGUUCCCUGGACCGACGCUAUCUGGACGGGCUGGACGUGUGCCGCUUUCCCUUGCUGGAUGCCCUGCGCCCACUGCCAUUGGACUGGAUGUAUCUGGUCUAUACCGUCAUGUUUCUGGGGGCACUGGGCAUGAUGCUGGGCCUGUGUUACCGGCUGAGCUGUGUGUUGUUCCUGCUGCCAUACUGGUACGUGUUCCUCCUGGACAAGACGUCAUGGAACAACCAUUCCUAUCUGUAUGGCUUGUUGGCCUUCCAGCUGACAUUCAUGGAUGCGAACCACUACUGGUCUGUGGAUGGCCUGCUGAAUGCCCGUAAGAGGAAUGCCCAUGUGCCCCUCUGGAACUAUGCCAUGCUGCGAGGCCAGAUCUUCAUUGUGUACUUCAUUGCGGGUGUGAAGAAGUUGGAUGCAGACUGGGUCGAAGGCUAUUCCAUGGAACACCUGUCCCGGCACUGGCUGUUCAGUCCCUUUAAAUUGGUGCUGUCUGAGGAGCUGACCAGCCUGCUCGUGGUGCACUGGGGUGGACUGCUACUUGACCUCCUGGCUGGCUUCCUGCUGUUCUUCGAUGCCUCACGAUCCACUGGCCUCGUCUUUGUGUCCUACUUCCAUUGCAUGAAUUCCCAGCUUUUCAGCAUUGGUAUGUUUCCCUAUGUCAUGCUGGCCAGCAGUCCUCUCUUUUGCUCCCCUGAGUGGCCUAGGAGGCUGGUUUCUCACUGCCCCAAAAGGCUGCAAGAUUUUUUGCCCCUCAAGACCGCCCCGCAGCCCAGCACUUCUUGUGUGUAUAAAAGGAGUCGGGCCAAAGGAGGCCAGAAGCCGGGACUACGCCAUCAGCUGGGGACACUCUUCACCCUGCUCUACCUCCUGGAACAGCUCUUCCUGCCUUACUCCCACUUCCUCACCCAGGGCUACAACAACUGGACGAAUGGGCUGUACGGCUACUCCUGGGACAUGAUGGUGCACUCCCGCUCCCACCAACACGUGAAGAUCACCUACCGUGAUGGCCGCACGGGCGAGCUGGGCUACCUGAACCCCGGGGUGUUCACACAGAGCCGGCGAUGGAAGGAUCAUGCCGACAUGCUGAAGCAGUAUGCCACUUGCCUGAGUCGCCUGCUUCCCAAGUACAAUGUCACUGAGCCCCAGAUCUACUUUGAUAUUUGGGUCUCCAUCAAUGACCGCUUCCAGCAGAGGCUGUUUGACCCUCGUGUGGACAUUGUUCAGGCUGUCUGGUCCCCCUUCCAGCGCACACCAUGGCUGCAGCCACUCCUGAUGGACCUAUCCCCCUGGAGGACCAAGUUACAGGAAAUCAGGAGCAGCCUGGACAACCACACCGAGGUGGUCUUCAUCGCCGAUUUCCCUGGACUGCACCUGGAGAACUUUGUGAGUGAAGACCUGGGCAACACGAGCAUCCAGCUGCUGCAGGGGGAGGUGACUGUGGAGCUGGUGGCUGAGCACAAGAAUCAGACUCUUCAGGAGGGAGAAAAAAUGCAGCUGCCUGCUGGUGAGUACCAUAAGGUGUACACGGUGUCAUCUAGUCCUUCCUGCUACAUGUACAUCUAUGUCAACACCACAGAGGUCGCACUGGAGCAAGACCUGGCCCAUCUGCAGGAAUUAAAGGAAAAGGUUGAGAAUGGAACUGAGACAGGGCCUCUGCCUCCCGAGCUGCAGCCUCUGUUGGAAGGGGAGGUCAAAGGGGGCCCAGAGCCCACGCCUCUGGUUCAGACCUUUCUUAGACGCCAGCAAAGGCUUCAAGAGAUUGAACGCCGGCGCAACAGCCCUUUCCACGAGCGACUGCUCCGCUUCUUGCUGCGCAAACUCUACAUCUUUCGCCGCAGCUUCCUAAUGACUUGUAUUUCACUUCGAAAUCUGGCCUUGGGUCGCCCUUCACUGGAACAACUCGCCCAAGAGGUGACUUAUGCAAACCUGCGACCCUUUGAGCCAGCUGCAACCAGAGACUCUUCAAAUUCUCAUCAGCCUGAGCCACUUGCUGAUCCUGUGCACUCAGAGUUCUAGGGGAGCAAGGUGCUGGGCCCAUUACCUAUGCAGUGCAGUCCAGAA